AAGGGUUACUGUGAAGGCGUGGUUUGUUUUAUCCACGUGCUUUGUCAUGGCUGAAUUAAGGCAAGCUCUAAGCUUUCUCCGACAGAAAAAGGCCACAGACACUGCAGGCACUUUACCAUCUCCUGCUCCUACUGAGAAAGACAAAAGUCCUGCCACCAGUCUUCAGACUCAUGAUGUUACUGAUGACCUUGAAGAUUAUGAUGAAAUUUUUAAAAAUUGUGACAUGUUUGAUUUCUCUCCAAUUAACAUCAGUGACAGAGUAGACGACACUCCCCCUAUUCUUUCUUCUCCAACUCAUUCAAAGUCUCGGGCAGUCAGUCAAACUGAUUGGUCACUCUCCUCUCAACCUUUAUCUAAACGUCCACUCCUUGAAACCACCUCACAGACUACAAAAACUAACUCAAUCACUAGACCUCUGACCACACCUUCUCCUUCAGAAAUCAUUUUGACUCCUACCACAGCAUCUUUACCUAAACGUAUGACUACUCCUAGUGUCUCUCGUCUGAACACACCCACUGUACCUCGAACUGGUGUACAGGCAACUCCUACACGAGUUGUUAGAAAGUUUCCAGGACCAGCUGGUUGCCUUCCACCACUAGACAGUGUCAAAAGACUAGAUGACACAUCAACAGCCUCUGUUGUGUCAUCUGGAGGCACUCCAGCCUCUACUCCUCUUCGUAAAAGUCAUGUCAGUGUUAUUUAUGAUUAUUCUGACCAUCAGUUUGAUGACUUUAAUCAAUCUAGUGGGCCAUGGGCUAUAAUGAGAUCUGAAUUGGAUGUGAAUGAUCCUCUUACUUCUGCUAUUCUCAAUGCUAACAUUGCUAGCAUUAUUAGACAAGCUUCCAAGAAAGAGCUACCAAAUGGUAAAGUACCACACUUGUGUGCUCUAGUGAAAAGCAUUGUUACAUCAACAAAAAGUGCCACAGCCCUGUUGCAGGAUCCCAGUGGGGAAAUGCAUGCUGCUGUUCACAUCUUAGUCAUGGAAGAGUAUAAGGAUGAGUUUGUUGAAGGAUCUGUGGCUAUAUUGAGACAGGUAUCAGUGUUCAGUCCAUCAUCUCGUAAGCAUUAUCUUAAUGUCACUCUGGAUAACAUUGUAAGAAUAUAUCCUCCUCAACAAAGUACCAAUGCUUCCUCAACAAGUACAAGGAAUCUUAUUAGUUUGUCAAGGAUUGAAGAGGAUCAUCAACAGAAAGAGAAUCAAAGUGCAUCACUCCUGUUUGGUAUUACUAGCAAAACUAAUAAUAGUGACAUGACUAGUAGUAGCAACCAUUCAGCUAUCAAUCACUUUAGAAAUAACAACGACACUAGCAAUGAGAGGAUAGUGAGUAUUAGUACUAUUGCUGGAGGUAGUAUCACUCAACACAGCAACACUGUAACUAAUAGUGACAGUCAUAUUCCUACUGCUCCUAAUCAAGUACAUCAGAACCAAACACCAUCAGAUAUUGAAGAGGAUUUUGACUCUUAUUUUGAAGAUAUUGACAUCUCUCUUUUAGACUUUUAAGUUUACUAUAAUUAUAUAUAGAGAAGAUGCUGUACUUAGUACACAAUAAAUUAUUAUUAUGUAUUAUGUUAUAAGAAUCAGACCUCAUUGUUGCUUUAUUGUUAUUAAUUAUUUUUAUGGUUAUCAUUGCCAAGAAAUGAUGCAAGCAAAA